AUGAUAUCAUCAUAUAGAAUAAGAUUGAUUGUGUCGUUAUUGACAUUAUUAUGUUUAUUUAUAACAUUGUCAACAAGUACAACAAUCAAUCUCAAUCAUAAACAUAAACCUACACAUAAACCAACAGUUACACCAACAGUCACACCUACACCAACAGUUACACCUACACCAACAACAGGAAUAUCACUAGACAUUCAUUUACAACUUGAUAAUGAUACCUAUGAGUUGGUAAUAGCAUACAACAAUGAGAUACAUCAACUUGCGCCAAGUGAUCAAAUCAACCUAGGCAAGACAUCACUUCCACACAUCACUCUCUAUCUUACAGAGUUCAAUCAAUCAUUCAUAUCUGAUAUCCAAAAAGAAGUUCAAAGUAUUCUUGGUAGUCUAUCAGUGAAGGCAUUGAGUUGUCAUAUUAACUGUAGUGAAGUGGUCGUUAGUGGACAGUAUGGAAUGUGGAACAUUGAGAUCACUGAAUGUCUUCAAUACAUGUCAGACCUAAUAGUAAACACAACUUACAAGUAUAUAAUCCCUAAUCAACCAAUACCAGAAUGGGUAUAUGAACUACCAGAGCCAUUGCGAUCAGAGAAGAUAGCGAUGAUAAAGACUUAUGGUUCACCAAACGUGUUCUCUCAGUUCCAGCCACAUAUCACAUUGGCAUGGGACGAAGUAGACAAUUUGAACAAGACAUUUGAGGCGAUGAACAUCCAGCCGACAGAGUUCAUCUCACCCAGCUUGGGAAUUGGUAGCGUUGGAGACUAUGGCACUGUGUUGAACAAUGAAUAUGGACUGUUCAGUUUCCAACAACCACAACAACAGACAACAACAACACAAUCUGAA